GUUUGGUCCGGGCCCAACAGAGAGCUACAGAGCUGCGACGACAUGCUGCGCCGGAGAAGAGCGGCUGCCGCUUUGCUCCUCAUCCUUGUCGCGGCGGCGGCUGCGGAGGAGGAAGCAGCGUUGCUGCCGGCGGAGCCGAUGGAGCUCUACUUCUCGCCUGCGGAGCUGGCGCGCAUCGCGGGGUACGGCGAGGAGCCCGUUUCGUCGGUGUUGGUGUCCGGCCAAGUCGCCUGCGAGCUCUGCCUCCGUUCCGGCUCCGACCUCCUCGCCUUCGAGCUGCCAGGUGCUAAGAUAGCCCUACUCUGUAAAACUGACGGACCCAACGAUCAAGUGGCUGACUCUGCAUUUGCAACGACUGACGAGUUUGGCAACUUCACAAUAGAUCUCCCUUCCCAGCUCCACGCCACAGCAAAUCUGGAGAGGGCUUGCACUGUGAAGGUGCUCCAGCUCCCCGCGGACUCCUCAUGCCGCCUCCGACACUGCCCCAGCACCACCUAUGGCCUCAGGCUAUCUUCUGAGGAAGAUGGUGUUCGAGCCUACACCACCGGGGUGAUACGGUUGCAAAACAGUGAUACGCCGCAUGACAAGUGUGUGAGUGUAGAGGAAAGAACUGAAAGAAGAUGAACAAUUAAUGGAAAAUUGGAGUUCACGUUUGCAUCAACAUUGAAGAGAAGGUAAAAUUUUGAGAGAGACAAGUUCACUGGUCUCUAGUAUAGCUGGACAAGCGUGUGUAUAAAUGUAGACCGAUAUGUGUGUAAUCUUGGCAACGACAAAAGUACAGGAAUCAGAGGGUUCAUCUUUAGAGAGUUCAUUGUUCACUAUAGCAACAAGGAAAGACACCGUACGCAAUAUGUGGAUCCAUACUACAUUUACCAAUGGAAUUGUCAUUUGGUACCGCGAGAA